AAGAAAACGGAGCGAAAUGCGAUUUUGUGUUGGGUCGAAAGUUUGAUGGAUCCAGAGCGGUAAGAUGGUUGGAAUAUCAAUGGAGCGAGUGCCGCAUGAAGAUGGCGAGGUAUGAGUUUCUCAGGUGAUGUGGAGCACACGGCAUCUGGAGUAACGUCUUUGCAAGAAUGCAUCACUGUUAUGUCUUGAGGAGGGUUGUAUAAGGAAACCAGCCCUUCGGUGGAGAGGUGUUGGAGAUGGCGAAAUGGUGGGUGGUCUGGGGAGGCGGGACGCUAGGAAUUUGCGUCCGAUUUUUGUUGGUGGUCAUGGGGUCCUUGUCAUUGCUGGAUCGUCGAGUGGAGGUUGUGAGCCCUGUCACCAGCCUCUCUCGCUUGGCAGAAGGCUAUUGGCUCAAAGAGUAUGGCAAGUCACCUUAUGCAGGAUCUGCAUACCAUGGAUCACCGUUGUUACUCUCAUUGAUCGGUCCUGUCAUCGGUGAUAGGCAAGAUACAUCCAUUGGUUACCUUCUUUGCAGCUGUUCAUUGUUCGUUGUUGCAGAUCUUAUGAGCGCACUAUUGUUGAGAUCGACUGGGAAGCUUUUGGAGCAUGGACAUUCGAAACACUUACAACUGCUUGGGCUUACAAAUCUGCUCAGAGAAAAAACAGAUAGGAAAGAUAAGCUUGGAAUAGGAGAUAUCUCUUUCUUGGUUUACUUAUUCAAUCCGUUUACCAUCGCUGUCUGUGUGGGAGGCUCAACGUCUUCAAUCGAGAAUAUGUUAAUAAUUCUUAGUCUAUAUGGGGCUGCAGCAGGGAAAGUGCCACUGGCAGGUUUUGGAUGGGCCAUGGCGACACACUUGAGCAUGUACCCGGUUUUCCUUAUCAUUCCUAUUUAUUACCUAUUGACGAAUGGACUUGAUAGUCCCCCAAAUAAACUGUUCGAAUUAGCAAAAUCUGUUGAGCCAGCUGCUAAGGAAGAUUCGUGCCACGGGAAAGACGCAAACGAUUCCUAUUUGCAAUCCUCAAAGUCAUCGUCGAAGGGGUUGCAAACAACUCCUAUGCUUUCAUCAAGAAGAAAGUGGGUGGUUAUUUCGAAGUUGGUGUUUUGGUCAGCUAUCUCUUGGGUGUGCAUUUUGCGAUUGUGCAAGGUUGCACUGCUGGGCCGCUCCAGCUUAAUCACCAUGUGGCUAGAGACUCACAAGUAUAUGCUUACUGUGGAUGAUCUAACUCCUAACUUGGGACUUUUCUGGUAUUUCUUCACGGAAGUGUUCGACUUUUUCCGCAACUUUUUCCUAAUGGUCUUUCAUGCAAAUAUAGCUUUCAUGGUUCCGCCACUUACUAUACGACUCCGCCAUCGACCCAUAUUUCUUGCAUUUAUCCUUACGGCAAUCUGCUCUAUGAUCAAGUCAUAUCCCACAGUUGGUGAUGCAGCCCUGUACAUAGGGUUGAUGGCGCUUUGUGUUCAUGAAUUGUCUGAGCUUAAAUACUUCUAUCUCUUAUUGAACGGAUAUAUCUUGAUCAGUGUCCUGGGCCCUGUUAUGUACAAUCUGUGGAUAUUUAGGGGAACAGGAAAUGCAAACUUUUAUUUCGCUACUAACCUAGUAUAUGCCACUUUACAAACGGUACUGAUCGUUGAAAGCGUGAGCACAGUGAUUGGGUAUGACAAGCAUCUCUUGAAGGAGAUCAAGCUUCACAGCUCGAACAAAUCCUCACAGCUUCAUCCAAAAUCGAUGGAAGUGAGUGCUUGAUUGGAUACCUUCGUAGCCACAGGACGUAGUUGGGGUAAAUCGGCGCGUGUUCUCCACUCAUAUGAAGAAAGAUGUUUAGGGGAAUUCAGUAUCUAAACAAGCGAUUCAAAGGCUUGCGAAAAUGGUACAAAGAUAAUCAUCUGCUGAUUUUGCAAAAAGUUUAAUCUUGAAACAAAAGAUCCAACUCUAACUGCUGUUGAUGUACUUUUGGCAUCCACAAAUGUACAUCGUUCUUUUCCGUGAAAUAUGAGAAAACUUUGAUUUUCUCACAACCACUACU